AUGACGCCUCCAGCAGCGACCGUCGACUCGGCCAGCUCUGGCGUCGACCAGCUCAGCCUGUCUGGCGAUGGCUCCUCUUCCAAGCGAAUGAUCCUCUACGCCUUCAUGAUGGGCUGUUCCGGCCACCAGUCGCCCGGACUCUGGACUCACCCUGCUGACCGAUCUCGACACCACAACAAGCUCUCCUACUGGGUCGACCAUGCCAAGCUUCUCGAAUCCGGACACUUUGACGGUCUCUUCCUCGCCGACGUCCUUGGCGGAUACGAUGUCUACGGAGGAAACCUCAACGCCGCUCUCGCUUCCGGUGCUCAGUUCCCCGUAAUCGACCCGCUUCUUCUCAUCUCCGCCAUGGCUGCAGCCACCACCAACCUUUCGUUCGGAAUCACUGCUACCACAUCCUAUGUCCACCCGUACGAGCUCGCACGUCGUUUCUCCACCUUGGAUCACCUAACAAACGGUCGUGUAGGGUGGAACGUCGUCACAGGCUACCUCGAUUCCGCAGCCCGUCAAUUCGGUGCCAAGAACCAGGAGCUCCAUGCAAAGCGCUACGAAGUGGCAGACGAGUACAUGGACGUCGUCUACAAGCUCUGGGAGAGUUCCUGGGCAGACGAUGCCGUGAUUCACGAUGCCAGCAAACCAACAUACACUCGACCCGAUCGCGUUCGUCAGAUCAACCACAAGGGUAAAUACUUCGAAUCCGUACCUGGUCCGCACAUCUGCGAGCCCACUCCACAGAGAUCCCCCGUCAUCUACCAAGCCGGUUCCUCCGGUCCCGGUAUGGCUUUCGCAUCCAAACACGCCGAAGUCAUCUUCAUCGCAGCCCACAAACCCGAAGUUGCCAAAAAGCGCGUCGAGGCAGCUCGACAAGGUGCUGCUGCCGCUGGCCGAGACCCCGCCUCGCUCAAAGUGCUCGCCCUCCUCUGCCCCAUCAUCGGCAAGACGGACGAAGAAGCACAGCAAAAGUACGACGAGCACCUCAAGCACGGAUCCGACGAAGGCGCUCUCGCCCUUUUCGGCGGUUGGACCGGCAUCGACCUCUCCACCUACGGCGAAGACGAAGAGCUUCGAGCCAUUGAAUCCAACGCCAUCAAGUCCGCCGUCGAAAACUUUGCCACCCAAGACCCUACCGUCCCCAAGUGGAACAAGAAAGCCGUAGCUAACAAGAUCAAGCUCGGCGGUCUCGGUCCCACCAUCGUAGGCGGUCCGGAAUCCAUCGCUGACCAACUCCAAUCCUGGGUCGACGACGCCGGUGUUGACGGCUUCAACCUGGCCUACACGCUGGCACCCGGAACCUUCGAAGACUUUGUCGAGCUCGUCGUUCCCAUCUUGAAGAAGAGAGGCGUCGUCUGGUCCGACUACCCCAAAGUUGCCCAACCACCAGCGGAAUCCGUCACAGACGGACCUCAAAAAGGUUUCGGUAUCAACGAAACCAUCGGUAUCACUUCCCGAGAAAAGCUCUACGGUGUCGGUCAAAAGACGUUUAGAAAAGACCACUACGCUUCCAAGUUCACCUGGAAGGCUGGUCAGGAUGCUCCUUCUCUCGACUAG